AGCUCAUUUCUUCACUCAUUCACUCUCUUCUCACUCACUCACACUGUUGGGUUCACGGAGAGUCAUAUGCAUUGAUUGCAUGGCUUGGUCAUAGUGGUGGUGGUGGUGUUGCUGGAGGACUCCGAUUGAGCGUGUUUGUGGGUGCGAGUAGAGUUGGUCUAUGGGAGUGAAAUGCGGUCAGCAGGAGUGGGAGGAAGAAGAGACAGGCAGAGAGUGUGUGAGAGAGAGAGACACACACACACAUUCAUAUACUCACUCCUCUCUUCCCUACGUCGCAACCACUGGGCGCUGCUUCAUGGACUCGUCGUUCCGUUUCACAAAGAAUGUAUAUAUUCCUUAGGUGGAGUGGCCUAUUGGAGAGCUGAUAGGGUGGUUUGUGGGCAUUUUGGAUUGGAGUCGGGGAUUCUGGAAGGGAAGGGAUGGAGGAGGUUUUGAACGAGCAAGUCGUGUUAGAUGGGAAGCGGGUGCUGGUUACGUUGGAUUCGGCUGCUGGGGUGCUCCAAUGGCGCGGAGAGAGGGAUGGCCAGUUGAUUCUGCAGAACGACCUAAUUGGGUUCUGUAGCUCUGAGUCUGGCAUUUGUUUGUACACGUUCAGAAUGACGAAGAGCUCGAGUUAUUGUGGGAAGGGCUUACCAGGACGGAAACGCAAGGACAUGGUCGUGGAGUUUAGCAACGACGGGGCUCGCAGGCUUUGGUGUGAUUCCCUCCAGCGAAUUCUAGACAAAGCUGGGCGACCGAAGCGGCUUCUAGUGCUUGUUAACCCUUUUGGUGGAAGGAAAACUGGGAGGAAAGUGUUUAGUGCAAGUGUGGAGCCUUUACUGAAAGCGGCUGGCAUCACUUACACCGUGAAAGAAACGCAGUUCCAACGUCAUGCUUUAGACUUGGCCAAAGAAUCGGAUCUCUCGCAGUUGGAUGGCAUCGUCUGCGUCAGUGGAGACGGAGUGUUAGUUGAGGUGUUAAAUGGUCUGCUGGAAAGAUCUGAUUGGGAGCGCGCUAUUAAGAUGCCGAUUGGCAUCAUUCCCGCUGGGACGGGAAAUGGUUUGGCGAAGUCAGUGUUGGAUCAUGUAGGGGAGCCUUGUGAUGCUGCAAGUGCUACUUUUCUCGUCAUCCGAGCAGGGCAGACGCAGCCGCUUGACGUUGCUACAGCGAAGCAGUCAAAUGUCAAGUUUCACAGCAUUCUGAUGCUAACAUGGGGUCUUGUUGCUGAUGUGGACAUCGAAUCCGAAAGAUUGAGGUGGAUGGGUGCAUUACGUCUGGACGUUUACACGUUGAUCAGGAUAAGCAAUCUACGGAAGUACAAUGGACAGCUUUACUACAUUCCAGCGCCUGGAUAUGAAGGGACAGGGACCCCUCUCAAUGAAGAAUUUGCAAGAACAACCUUGAUGACAUCUGGUGAAGCUAACAGCGACAGUAGCUUGCAGAAGCAUGGGGACCCUGGAUCCCUGCAAAAGAAUUUUUCGGAGUGGCGUGAGAUGGAGGGUCCCUUCAUUCUUAUUUGGCUCAAUAAUGUACCGUUCGUUAGCGAGUCUGUUAAUGCCGCCCCGAAUGCCAAGUUCGCAGACGGAUAUCUGGACUUAAUAAUUCUGAAGGAUUGUCCUCGCUGGGCUUUGCUUAACUUACUUCUUAAGGUGCAAACCGGAGGACACAUCAAAUCUAAGUAUGUGGAUUACCUCAAGGUGAAGACGUUUCGACUUGAUCCUGUUGGCCGGCAUGCAAGUGACGUUCAAGGCGGCUACACUGACUUAGAUGGCGAAAUUCUUGCACGAGACAAAGGCUCAUUUGGUGAUGGAAGCAACUACCCAAUGUCAUAUGGGCCCCCUAUAGAGGUUACGGUUGAACCAGGGUUGGCAACAAUCUUUUGCCCCCCUUGACAAAUUUCUCUGGCUCGGUGCGUGCUUUCUUAUACACAAGUAUGUAUGCUGCAGCUUACAAUCGGCUCGACUUGUGAACGAUGGCAAGUCUUUAUAGCAAAUAAUUUCACCAUGUCAAGCUUCGUAUACAAGCGGGAGAGAUGUUUGACAACUUAACACGGCUACAGGAAUAAGUUGAUUCAUCAUUCUUCAGAGAGAAACGAUUAUUUGAAGUAUAUUUUGGCGAUCAUCCUUCACAAACAGAACAUAGUUCAGGAGUAUUCAUAACAAGAAUACUUCAAGAACUCUCAGAACUAUCAGGAAACUUUAAGACCUCUAGGACACUAUGUAAAAUUGUGAAAUAUUCGUAAUACUGGAACUAUGCCAAAACUUGUUACCUGCGCCUCUAAAUCCUCUUGUUGGGGUGUAAAGAUGUUAUCGCAUAGUUGAUAUUAACAAGCA